AUGAAUUCUCCCAGCAGUCCAAAUAGGGUGAUUAACAACCAAUUCCGUUUGAAGAAAAAAUUGUCAGCAGGGUCAUAUGGGGUGGUAUUUGAAGCAGAGGACAUUAUAAAAAAUCAGAUGGUUGCUGUGAAGAUAGAGAAAAAGGAGAAGAAUUCAACUUUGGAUAGAGAAAUACAUAUUUUGACAAGAUUAUAGGGUACAUAAGGAGUUCCUAAAUUAAUCUGGAGUGGAACUGAUAAUAAUUCGAAUGUUUUAGUGUAAUAGUUAUUGAGCAAAGAUAUCGGGGCUUAUCUCAAGGAGUUUAGAAAGUUUUCACUAAAAACAGUGUUAAUAAUAACUGAUUACUUAUUAUAAGUUAUAAGGCGAAUUCAUAACAAAUCAGUAGUGCACAGAGACUUGAAACCAGAAAAUAUAAUGUACCAUUCUAAACAGAUAUAUAUUGUGGAUUUUGGGAUUAGUAAGCUUUAUAGAGAUAAUAACUUAAAGCAUGUGUAAUAAUUUCGAUCGAUUAUAGUCCAUUUAAAGAUGGGAGAUCUUUUGUGGGUACAACAAGGUAUGCUUCUAUAGCAGCGCAUAAGGGAUACGAAAUAGGAAGGAAGGAUGAUUUGGAAUCAAUAAUAUAUAUUGAUAUUCUUAUGUUGAAAGGGUAUACUAAAAUGGUUAACUUAGAAUUUAGAUCUUUGCCAUGGUAAAACAUGUUAGGCUAGAAUAACAAGGAACGCCAAAAAUAAGUGGGUGAAAAGAAAAUCAAAAUGACACCUUAAGAAAUUUGCACAGACUUACCAAUAGAAUUUGCAAAAGCAUUGGAGUACAUAAAUACAUAUUUAUAAAAUAGAUAUAUUAGAUCCUUGCAAUAUUAAAGUGAUCCUGAUUAUGACUACUUGAUUUAGUUGUUUAGGAAAUUGGCACAGUCUAGGAAGAUAGAUUUCGACGAUGUUUAUGAUUGGACAGUUUAGAAUAACAACCCGAAUAGUAUAAGUCAAAAAUAGGAAAACUAAAUUAUAUAGGUUGCCUCUUUGCAAUAGUUUGAAAAGACUCCUUUUUCUAAAACAAAUAAAUGGUAAUGUUUGGGGAUUAUCGUAGUCAUUCAUUGAAAGUACCGUCGACCCAGGAUAUUUUGUAGGAGAGAAAGAAAUCGUUUUAAAAUAUCUCAUAAAUUUAGUUACUAAAACCGGAUGAUUUAAAUAAGUCGAUAGAAAAUACUUAUUAAUUAAGUCAGAUGGCAAAUGAGUGUGACUCAAAGUAGGAUUACAUAUCUCAGGACGAUGAUGCCAUUGACACUUUGUUUACUAGAUAUAAUAACUUAAGGAAAUAGAAUAUAGAGAUGUACAUUCUUCUAUUUAAUUAGACAUCACCCUUAGAAUGAAUAAAAGGCAUCCAGUGGAUUCAAAAAUGUGUGA